UGUUUCUAUUAUGAGGGGAGAUAACCCAAAGUUAUUUCGAGUUACGUCCCUUUUACAAAAUGGCGUUGUCCUCACGGUGUUGAUUUUUCCGAAUAUAAACAUUACAUUACGAGAAUGGAAGUUGAAGAAGCCAUUUCUGAAGAACCUGAUAUACAGAGACUUCAAAUAAGUGGUGGAGAGAAUGAUAAUCGUAAAGAUAUUUCUAAAUCAGGCAUGCUUCUUGAUGAACAAUCGUCAGAAAGAUUAAAUUUUGUUGUUGUUGGGGAUAAUUUGACUGAUAUUCCAUUAGAGGGUAAUAGUGAUGAUCAAGGUUCACAGUUCAUUCAGCCACCCGCUUCAAACAGGGAUCUCAAGCCUCAUGUUGAAGACAUGCUUCAGAGACUAGCUCAUUCAUCGGCGCACUUUAAACACCAACAGAGAAAUGAGCCAGACCUGACCCCAAGUCAGAAAUACGAAAUCGCUCGUGAAAUAUUUGAAAAUAAACCCCAUCUGUUCUUAGCUCGUUUCAAACAGCAUCUCGCCAUGAAAGACAUACCCUGUUUCCAGGAAUAUGCUGGAGACUACGAAAUAGACUUUCAUCUCAGUGAGAUACAAAAGUGGGAUAGUAAAAAUUACAAACGGAAAAAAGUCAAGAACCGACGGUACAAAGCGCUGAUGGAAAUGAUGUCCAUAGGCGAUGAAUACUUCACUGAAGAUGCCAUGAAAUCUCGCGAUCCUUUGUUAUAUGAAGAGCUCAUUGGGCAACAUCUAACUGAAGAGGAAAGAGUGGAAAAGGCUAAUAGUAUUAUGGCCAAGAAUGAAAAUUCUCUUUCUCAAUUUCUUCUAAGACACAUUGAACAGCAGCAGGAGAAUGCUCUUUACUACUCAUUGAAACACAAAGAGGAAGAGUGUUUUGAAGAAUUUGACUCAGACUCAGAUGAAGAAAUUGAAAUACCUGCCAAAAGGAAACUUUCCAAACCUGAGAAGAAAGAGUUACGGGCUGAAUUCCUUCACAUAAUGCAAGAAAGAUUCUUAGAUGGGAAGGAUCUUGGGUAUGACUACAGUACAAUUGAUGACAAUGCUGUGUACGAUGACCUGGAUACAGAAGACAAAGACGAAGAAGAGAAGUACUUUGAUAACGAGGAGCCACAGAUGCUGGAUGACACCAACUGUACAUAAAUAAAAAGCAACUUUCAAUGCACCCCUUGACUACAUCUGAGUUUAAUCAGUCCUAACAGAUAUGAGUGAGGAGGAAGA